AAGAAGAUAACCUUCUUCUCGACAGUGCAAGAAAAUCUCUCCUCUCUCUCUCUCUCAAUCUCUCUCCCACAUACCACACAGAGACCAGUUCGAGAGCUUCUCCCGAAAGCUGCAGCCAUGGCGAACACGAUCAUGGCUUCCUCCAAACCCUUAAUCUCCCUCUCCUCCAACCAACCCAGCCGUUUCCAAAUCCCUAACAACCCCCCCCAGAUCCCCACCCCCAAGCCCUCCGUCGGCCGCCAGCUCCUCUCCAUCUCCUCCGAAACCGCCAAAUCCCUGGCCCUGAUCGCGGCCAUCGCUCCGCCGUCGCUGGCGGAGGAGAUGGAGAAGGCGAAGCUGUUCGAGUUCAACCUGACGCUGCCGAUAAUAAUGGUGGAGUUCCUGGUUCUGAUGUUCGCCCUCGACAAGGUCUACUUCACUCCGCUUGGGAAAUUCAUGGACGAGAGAGACGCGGCGAUCAAGGAGAAGCUGGCGAGCGUGAAGGACACGUCCGCGGAGGUUAAGGAGCUCGACGAUCAGGCGGCCGCCGUGAUGAAGGCCGCGAGGGCGGAGAUCUCCGCCGCUCUGAACAAGAUGAAGAAGGAGACUCAGGCGGAGGUGGAGGAGAAACUGGGGGAGGGAAGGAAGACGGUGGAAGCAGAGUUGCAAGAAGCGCUGGCGAAACUGGAGAAGCAGAAGGAAGAAACCAUUAAAGCGCUCGACUCUCAGAUCGCUGCUCUCAGUCAAGACAUCGUCAACAAGGUUCUUCCUUCUUCUUAACCCAUUCUGUCGCUCUUGUACUCAUUUGCAAAGGUUGCUGUAAAUCUCUCUCUCUCUCUCCCCCCCCC